UUCUCUUACCCUUCCACGGGCUGAAACCAUUCCAUGAGGUUAUAAGUAAACGCGUGGCGAUGCGAAAUAUAUUACUCUCCCGUUGUUUUUGCAAAAGGUGCGAAGUUUUCGGCUGCCCCGUGCCCUUUGGAAUUCUGAAAAUGAAGUCCUUCAUCGUUAUUUUCACCGUCGUUGUCGCCGCAAUGGCCGCGGAUGAGCCGCUACCGAAACAGAAACGCGGUCUCCUAGGUCUGGACCACGCCCCCUUCCUUCCCGCCCCGCUCAUCACCAAAGACUACGCCGCGCCCGUAAUCCACGCGCCUUAUAGCUACGAGGCGCCCCUGCUCCACGCUCCGAUCUACGCGAAAGGCUACGAGGCACCGUUUUUGCACGCCCCACUCAUCACCAAGAGCUACGAAGCCGCUCCCAUAUACUCGAAACCCAUAAUUUCGGCGCCACUGUACAGCAAACCGAUCUUGGCGCACGCGCCCCUCAUCACCAAGAGUUACAUCUCCGCCCCCAUCUAUUCGAAAGGCAUCAGCUUGGCACCAGCACCGUUGUUGGCCAAGUCCUACGGCGGAUCCUACGCGUUGGGCCAUCACGACCUCGGCUGGUGAACGUGACGUCGUCAGUGAUUCGUAAUUAGUCCAAUGUAACAUAUAUUUAAGGCAGAAACAAUAAAUCAAUUUGAAAUGGUAA